UGGGUAGCAAGCCUUGCCAGCUGGUGCAGUCCGGUGCUCGAGACCACGAUGAAAAGUAAAAAAGGUGUAGCUGCAAUAUCUGGCAGUGAGACGGAGGAGGAUGACACCAUGGAUGUCCCACUGGAUCUUUCCUCUUCCACUGCCUCAGGCAAACGGAGGAGACGUGGUAACCUGCCCAAGGAGUCAGUGCAGAUUCUUCGGGACUGGCUGUAUGAGCACCGAUACAAUGCCUAUCCAUCAGAGCAAGAAAAAGCACUAUUGUCCCGACAAACACACCUUUCUACACUACAGGUCUGCAACUGGUUUAUCAAUGCACGCCGCAGGCUUUUACCUGACAUGCUGAGGAAGGAUGGCAAGGAUCCAAAUCAAUUCACUAUCUCACGAAGAGGGACCAAGAUUUCUGAAGGCAGCCCAGUGGAGUCUUCCACAGGCACAAAAAACUACAUUCCACUGUUGGAAGAGAACUCAUUUCUUUCUGGUACCACAGGACUAAACAAGGCUGCCUCUUCUAAACCUUCUUCCCCAGGAUCUGUUUUGGCUCGACCUUCAGUGAUUUGCCAUACCACUGUAACUGCAUUGAAAGAUGCCCCUUUCCUUUUGUGCCAGCCAGCUGGUGUAGGCCCGACCACCGACCUGCAGCAGACAUCAGCUAGCAGAUUCACAGACAACACUCUUGAAUACCACGAGGAUGCUUCUAAACUGGGACCUGGUACAAAUGCACAAAGUGGCCUUUUCAACACUCCUCCUCCUACCCCACCAGACCUCAACCAAGAUUUUAGUGGAUUUCAGCUUCUGGUGGAUGUUGCACUCAAAAGGGCAGCAGAGAUGGAGUUGCAGGCAAAACUUAUGGCCUAAUCCCCCCUUUUUUUUCAGGCAGGAAUUUAACACAUAUGUGAUUAUUGCUGCCCAUGUGAUAUCAAAAGACUAACUGCAUUUUUUAUUAUUAUUAUUAAUCUUAUUUGCACAAGGGAUUGCUGAAAUGAAGCUUCCUGUCACUGAGGUGGUCUUCAGUGAAAUAUGGUCAUUCCAAGAAUUAUAAACUUAAAGCUACUGUAGAAACAAAGGGUGUUUUUGUUUGUUUGUUUGUUUUUAUGUUUCUUAGUAGGUUUUUCAUAAUGUGAGAUGGUUCCCAAGAUCAUGUGAUUUUUGUUUUUGUUUCUUUCAGACUGUGCAAUAUCUAGUAAUGAUGUAGACUUCUUAUCAUUCCCGUGUGGAACAGAAUAUACCGACAUGCUGUCUCAAACAAAUGUUCAGUUUUUUUAAACAAUAUGAACCUAGAUGAUUAUGCUUUUUUUCCACGAUGUAAUAAAAUA